UGGAAGCUGUUUGCAGGCCCAAAUUUAUCUCCAUUAUUUUACUUUUCAACAGGUUGAGAUUUAUACUAGUUUGGUGGGUUUGCAGCCAACAGCUCUUGUUGCACCUGAGAACUUAGAUGUUGGAUCUGAAGGAAGACUGGAGCAUCUCUUUUGCAGAAUGCGGUUUUAUGGGGAAUUAUUAUGUUGGAGCCAGCUGCUGUCUGCUGGAACAUUACCCUCGGUUCAUAUUGGACUCCUCUCAGAUAUAUGGAGCCUCUGCAGGGGCUCUGAUGGCGGCUGUUCUCGCUAUCGGAUCCCACAUAGAGAAGAUGUUUGAUUGGGACGAGGAGUGGAACAUCUCCUUUGCAGGCUGUGGCUUCAGGAGUGUUUAUUACCUGGGCGCUCUGAGCUGUUUCCUGCAGAACGUCCCGCGCCUCGUCCACGGAGCCUCCAGGAUCUGUGGAGCCUCGUCCGGCUGCCUGGUGGCUGCAGCUCUGACUGUGGGGAUCCCCAUCGAGCAGUUCUGCGCUGACGUCCUGUCCGUGGCGAGGGAAGCCAGGAGACACACGCUGGGAGUUUUCCACCCGAGCUUCAGCCUGCUGCGGACCGUGAGAGCCUCUCUGCUGGAGAAGCUCCCGGCUGACGCUCACCUGAAGGCGUCAGGGAGGCUCUGCGUCUCGCUCACCAGACUGACUGAUGGGAGGAACGUCCUGGUGUCAGAGUUCAACAGCAGAGAGGAACUCAUUCAGGUUCUGAUGUGCAGCUGCUUCUUCCCUGUUUACUGUGGCUUCACCCCCCCUUCAUACCGUGGAGUGUACUACAUGGACGGCGCCCUGAGCAACAACAUGCCUCUGUUCGAGCGGAGGAACACCAUCACUGUGGCUCCGUUCUCCGGAGAGAGCGACGUCUGCCCCAGAGACGGCAGCUUCAACUUCAUCGAGGUACACUACGGCAACGUGAGCAUCCACGUGAACUCUGGGAACGUGCACCGCAUCUGGACCUCCUUCCUGCCCCCCAGCAUGGAGGAUCUUGCUGAAAUCUGCCACAGCGGCUACAUGGAUGCUCUUCAAUUCCUGAGAGAGAGAGAUCUGCUGGGAACACAGAGUCUUUGUCCCGGAUUGAUUGUGGAAACGGACUCAGUGAACCCUGCUUGUUGUGAGCUUGUGAAAAAAAGAGGGUCAGAGGAGUUACGGCUGAACGGACUAAACUCUGAUGAGGAAGAGGAUCUGUGUCUGGGCCUGAAAGUAGAGAAGCUCCCUGCUGGCAUCAAGAAAGUUCUGUGUGAGGCGGUCAGGGACAGUCGUGGUGGGGACUCUCGAGGGUCUCAGCUCACAGAGUUUCUCCCAGUGAAAAUGGUUGUAUACCUGCUGUCUCUCCUCAUGCUGCCCUUUGAGAUGGCCUUCUCUCUCAGCAAAAGCUUGAUAUCAUCACUGUUGACCUCGACUGGAGAUCUGUUCAGGAACGCGUGGAGCAGUGGAGGCGAGGACAUAAACAGUGCAUUUCCAGAGCGUUACGCCUUUAACUCAGACCUCAGGAGCAGAACAGGAGAAAACAAUAAACCCUUUAGCUCAACAGACUACAAACUCCGACAAAGCUCUUCAUUGGGACACCAACGGAAACCUGGAAGUCUCCCCCCUCCCCUCCCCCUGCUCGGGUCCCCCCAGCCUCCCCUCGUUUAGCACACCUGCAUAUAGUAAAGUGUCUUUAAACCACAGAAGGUAGCGGACACUUCCUCAGCCAUUAACCACGCACAAAAAGACAUUUCAAUCAGGAGAGACGGUUUUGAGUGAUGCAUAUUUAUUGCACAGAUGAACAAAUGAAUGUAAUGGUAAUUUUGGCGAUUUAGGCCCCGUUGUGCAGGAAGUAUCAUUCGGGAGGGUAGAACCGAUCCGAUUAAACCCCCCAAAACGAAAUAGUAUUAAGAAAUGAAAUGUACAGGUUCCUUACCAUGUGGGCUGGAUGCAGAGAUCUAUGGGAAAUGAUGAGUUAUACAGAGGGAGACACAUGAAUGUAUAAAACGCUGAGGUGCAUAAAAUGCACAUAGGGGUUUACAGGGAAAGGAGACUCGACGUGCAUGAUAUGGGAUGCACCGGGGUUUUUAACGGGGAAGGAGACUCGACGUGCAUGACAUGGGAUGCACCGGGGUUUUUAACAGAGAAGGAGGAGACUCGACGUGCAUGACAUGGGAUGCACCGGGGUUUUUAACGGGAAAGGAGACUCGACGUGCAUGACAUGGGAUGCACCGGGGUUUUUAACAGAGAAGGAGGAGACUCGACGUGCAUGACAUGGGAUGCACCGGGGUUUUUAACGGGGAAGGAGACUCGACGUGCAUGACAUGGGAUGCACCGGGGUUUUUAACGGGAAAGGAGACUCGACGUGCAUGACAUGGGAUGCACCAGGGUUUUUAACAGAGAAGGAGGAGACUCGACGUGCAUGACAUGGGAUGCACUGGGGUUUUUAACGGGGAAGGAGACUCGACGUACAUGACAUGGGAUGCACCGGGGUUUUUAACGGGAAAGGAGACUCGACGUGCAUGACAUGGGAUGCACCGGGGUUUUUAACAGGGAAGGAGAUGAUGACAUGAAUAGGAUUGAAAUGCACAUGAUUAUGAGCAUGGGUAACGAGACAUGAAAUGUCACGCAUGUUUAUGAACAGACAGUGAUAUUAAAACACCGCCACCAGUUAUAUGCAUACAGUUGCAAGAAAAAGUAUGUGAACCCUUUGGAUUCUCCACACAUAGCGUUGUGUGUUCCUUCCAAACAACUCAACUUUGGUUUCAUCUGUCCACAGAAUAUUUUGCCAGUAGUGCUGUGGAACAUCCAGGUGCUCUUUUGCAAACUUCAAACGUGCAGCAAUGUUUUUUCUGGACAGCAGUGGCUUCCUCCGUGGUGUCCUCCCAUGAACUCCAUUCUUGUUCAGUGUUUUAGGUAUCGUAGAUUCGUCAACAGAGAUGUUAGCAUGUGCCAGAGAUUUCUUUAAAGGUACAGAUCACCUCAAAAUCAAGAAUACAUGUUUUUCUUCGAACCUGUAAAUUACCUUUGUUAAUCUAGAUGGUGUGGUGUGAGUUGUCGGCUGUAGCGAUUGAAUAUAUUGGAACUAGUUGGUGCUUAAAGUGUAAAAAAAAGUG